AUGGUCCAUAAGCUAGGGGUGUUACGGACUGUGGUACAAAGACUGAUACGAUACUACACGAUGAGUGACGCUACGAUUCCUCAGGCCGCGGCUGGUGAAGGAUCCAGACCUAAAACAGCCAAAGAGUUGGAAAAAGAGAAAAAAAAAGCUGAAAAGUUGGCCAAAUUCAACGCAAAAAAAGCCAAACAGGCUGAAGAUGCCAAGAAUAAACCUGCUGCCAAACCUAAGAAGGAGAAGAAGGUGGCCGAGCCUGUUCCAGAGUGGAACGAUACCACUGUAGCUGGAGAAAAAAAGGUUUUGGCUUCACUUGAUGAUGCUGCUUUCAAGGCAUACAAUCCGAAAAAUGUUGAGAGUUCAUGGUACAGCUGGUGGAACAAAAAGGACUUUUUCAAGCCCCAAUUGACAGAAAACGGCGAGAUUAAACCAGAAGGAGCGUUCACCAUCCCUGCUCCUCCUCCAAACGUCACUGGUGCUUUGCACAUUGGACAUGCUUUAACGGUCGCACUUCAAGAUACCUUGAUUAGAUACAAUAGAAUGAAGGGAAAAACGACUCUUUUCAUCCCUGGGUUUGACCACGCUGGUAUUGCCACCCAAUCGGUUGUGGAGAAGCAAUUGUGGGCUAAUGAGAAGAAAACCAGACAUGAUUUCGGACGUGAAAAAUUUGUGGAAAAAGUGUGGGAUUGGAAAGAAAUUUAUCACCAGCGUAUAAAAGACCAAUUCAAGAGAUUGGGUGCCAGUUACGACUGGAGCCGUGAAGCGUUCACCAUGAGUCCGCAAUUGAGCGAGGCGGUGGUUGAAGCGUUCGUUAGACUUCAUGAAGACGGAACCAUCUAUCGUGCUUCGAGAUUGGUCAAUUGGUCUGUCAAAUUGAACACGGCUCUUUCCAACUUGGAAGUCGAUAACAAGUCCAUUCCCGGACGCACGUUGCUUUCCGUACCCAACUAUGACUCCAAGAUCGAGUUCGGUGUAUUGACUUCAUUUUCUUACCAGGUUGAAAAUUCCGACGAAAAAAUCACCGUCGCUACCACCCGUCCAGAAACCAUGUUUGGUGAUACGGGUAUUGCUGUUCAUCCCGACGAUCCUCGCUACAAACAUCUUCAUGGAAAGUAUGUUCUCCAUCCUUUCUUGGACCGCAGAAUUCCCAUUGUCACCGAUGCCGAAGCUGUAGAUAUGGAAUUUGGAACUGGUGCCGUCAAGAUCACGCCCGCUCACGACCAGAACGAUUAUGGUUGUGGUAAGAGAAAUAACCUUGAGUUCAUCAAUAUUUUCACUGACGAUGGUCUUUUGAACGAAAACUGUGGACCUGAAUGGGAAGGAACCAAACGGUUCGAUGCUAGAUACAAGGUGAUCGAAGCGUUGAAAGAAAAGGGUUUGUUUGAGGGCCAGAAAGAUAACGAGAUGACAAUUCCUAUCUGCUCUCGUUCUGGUGAUGUCAUUGAACCUAUCUUGAAACCACAAUGGUGGGUCAACCAGCAGGAAAUGGCCAAGGAUGCCAUCAAGGCUGUCAAGGACGGUGAGAUCACCAUCACUCCCAAAAAUUCAGAAGCUGAAUAUUUCCACUGGCUCGAAAAUAUCCAGGAUUGGUGUAUUUCCAGACAGUUGUGGUGGGGACACAGAUGUCCAGUCUACUAUAUCAAGGUCGAGGGAGAGACUGAGGACAGAUUGGACAACGAAAAAUGGGUUGCUGGAAGAACUUAUGAAGAGGCCUUGGAAAAAGCGAAAAAGAGAUGUCCAGAUUCCAAGUUUGAAUUGGAGCAGGAUGAAGAUGUUCUUGAUACCUGGUUCUCGUCUGGUUUAUGGCCACUUUCGACCCUUGGAUGGCCCCACAAUACCAGAGACAUGCAAUUGUUCAGUCCUUUAUCCAUGCUUGAAACUGGGUGGGACAUUUUGUUCUUCUGGGUGUCGAGAAUGAUCUUGUUGAGUUUGAAACUCACGGGAAAAGCACCAUUCAAGGAGGUUUUCUGCCACUCGUUGGUUAGAGACGCUCAGGGCCGUAAGAUGUCCAAAUCGUUGGGAAAUGUCAUUGAUCCAAUCGACGUAAUUACCGGUAUUCCAUUGCAGACUUUGCACGAUAAAUUAAGAACUGGAAACUUGGAUCCUCGUGAAUUGAAAAAGGCCGAGGAAGGCCAGAAGGCUUCAUAUCCUAAUGGUAUUCCUGAAUGUGGUACAGAUGCCUUGAGAUUUGCAUUGUGUGCUUACACCACUGGAGGAAGAGACAUCAAUUUGGAUAUUUUGAGAGUUGAAGGGUACCGUAAAUUUUGCAACAAGAUCUACCAGGCCACAAAAUUCGUGUUGGGCCGUCUUGGGGACGACUACAAGCCACCAGCAUCUUCCAAUUUGACCGGUAAGGAACUGUUGGUUGAAAAAUGGAUCUUGCACAAAUUGACCCACACCAAUAAAGCCAUGUCCGAAAGUUUGGAUAAACGGGAUUUCUUCGAGGCUACCAAUGCCAUCUACAAUUUCUGGUACGACUUGUGUGAUGUGUACAUCGAAAACUCCAAGUCGUUGAUUCAAGACGGAUCUCCAGAACAAAAGAAGUCAGCACAAGACACCCUCUACACAUGUAUCGACAGUGCCUUGAAAUUGAUCCACCCAUUCAUGCCUUUUGUCACCGAGGAAAUGUGGCAGAGACUCCCUCGUCGUGGUGGAGACUCUACCGAGUCGGUUAUGAUUGCCAAGUAUCCAGAAUACACCAGCGACUUUGACGAUGUCAAGAGUUUGCAAGCCUAUGAUUUGGUAUUGGAUAUCACCAAGGGUGCACGUUCGUUGUUGGCACAAUACAACAUUUUGAAGAACGGUCAAGUUUAUGUUGAAUCUUCUAACAAGGAAUCCUACACUAUAAUUUCUGAACAACUGGACUCGAUAGCUGCGUUGAUCAAAGGUGUAGAAAGUGUCAAGGUUGUGUCGAGCAGUGAAGAAAUUCCUAGUGGAUGUGCUUUGCAGUCGAUCAACACUGAAUGCUCAGUGCAUGUUCUUGUUAAGGGCCAAAUUGAUUUGGACUCGGAAAUCACAAAGGUGCAAAAGAAAUUGAACACCAUCAAGGACCUCGAAAAGAAGGCAUUGGAGGCUAUUGGCAAGUUUACGGAAAAAACCAAUGCGGAAGCCAGAGAAGCGGCACACAAGAAGGUGGAGAACUACAAGGCUGAAAUCGAGGGCUAUGAGCACACGAUUGAGGUUUUGGAGAAGUUGAAGUUGUGA